AUGUCGGAGUCUCCGAAAGAAUCUUCGCACCGUUCAGCCGAAGAACAGCAGCAGCCGUUCAGAAUCAUUUGUCAUGGCGGAGAAGUAGGGCAGACGGAGCAGAGGAAACAGCAGACACAGCAGGAGCCGCAGCUGACACAGACACAGCAGGCGACUGAUUCAGAACCACAUGACCUACCUGUUGUUCCUCCGUGCUCCCUUCCCUCCCUCUCGGCAGAAUCUUCCCCUUCCUCCUCCUCCUCUUCCUCCCCUCUCCGCUCCUGUCUUCCCCGAGAGGAAAGGGCCUCCUCUCUCGGGCCAUCUGCGCAGCGACAUGCAGUUGAUCUCACCACCUCCUUCCCGCAGUUCAAGCGAGAAAUUGCCCGCAUCCGCUGCUUGGCAUCCCUCAAAUCCGCUGCAGCUGCAGCCGCUGCGGCUUCCUCUGGUGCCGCUUCCUCUCCUCAAGCUGGGUCUGCGUCUAGUAGAACGCACUCCAAAGAGCGGUGGCAGGAGUGGGCCGAGCAAAUGAAGGGAAAGAAGUUUCAUCCUCAUCAGCAGAACGAGCAGCAGGAAGAGGAAAACGAGGAGGACGAGUGGGCUGACCUAGUGAAGGGGAAAAAAAAUCAUCCUCAUCAGCAGACCGAGCAGCAGGAGGAUGAAAACGAGGAGGAGGAGUGGGCCGAGAGAGUGAAGGGAAAGGGGCUCCUGUCACAACAGCAGAACGAGCAGGGGGAGAUGGAGGAGGGGGAGAAGGAGGAGGGGGAGAAGGAGGAGGGGGAGAAGGAGGAGGGGGAGAAGGAGGAGCCACAGAGCUGCGAUGAAAUUCAAAUGGAUCAGCAAACAGAUAAGAAUGCAGAUAAGCUGACAGACCAGCAGACCGAUGAGCAACAGGAGCAGGAUCAGAAGCAGGUGAUUCAGCAGGUGAAGCAGCAGGUGAAACAAUCACAGGGAAAGCCACCGAGACCAAGUCAUAGCCGCAGUAUGAGUGCACAUUCCACUCUCAACAGGCGCCAUCAUUCAGAGCUCCGUCCUCGUUUCUCCUCGCCAGCUACCCCCUCAGAUGCCUCAGGUGCGUCCUCAGGUAAGCUGGUGUGGGAGAAGCUAGAGCAGCAGCUGGAGGUGCAGAUGGAGGAGGAAGAGAGGCAAAACAAAUAUUUGGAGCAGCAGCGAUCAGAGAGCAGAGAGCAGAGCGGUGCUGCUGCUGGCGGGAAGAUGGUUGGGAGCUGUGAAGGGCAGGGUGGUGAGGUGGAUGGGUAUGGUGCUGAGGGGUUGAAUCCGGUACUGACGCCGGCCAAACCAUGCAUGCUUUCCCGGCUAAAUGCUGCUCGACGCCGCCCAUCUGAAGGCAGCAGUUUUGACAGCAGGAGUGUGGGAAUUGGAGGAGAGGAGAAGGGAGAGAUAAUAGGGAAGAUUGAUUGGACGAGUGAUCGAAGUGGGAUGGAGGGUGAGGGAGAGGAGGGGGAUGAGGAGGAGGAUGCGGAGGAGGAAGGAGAGGAGGAAGGGAAGAAGGGCGGGGAGAUGAUAUCUGCAAGGGAAGAGGCCAUGAUGCUACUUUGGGAGAUCCCGGGCAUAGGGACCGAGGAGGGGGAGGAGGAGGAGGAGGAGAGGAGGAGGGUGCGAUUAUGUCACUCCCUGGCAGCAGCAGCUGGGGAGAUUGCCAGUGGGGCUGUAACUGUGGCAGGGGGGAUCAAACAAAGGGCGUUGAACGUGAGGGAGGGGAUUAAAGAAGGGGCAUUGAAUGUCAGGGAAGGAAUUAAGGAAGGGGCGUUGCAUUUCAAGGAAGAAUUAAAGGAAGGGGCGUUGCAUUUCAAGGAAGAAGUUAAGGAAGGGGUGUUGCAUUUCAAGGAAGAAGUGAAGGAAGGGGCGUGGCACGUCAAGGAAGAAAUCAAGGAUGGGGCGUUGAAUGUUAGGGAAGGGAUCAAUGAAAGGGUGUUGAACGUGAAGGAGGGGAUAAAGGGAGCGGUGAUGACUCUAACUGGGGCUGGGAUAUUAAAGGAGGGAGAGGAGGGGCAGGAGGAGAGGGAGUGGGGGGGGGAGGAGGAGGAGGAGGAGGAGGAGGAGGAGGAGGAGGAGGAGGAGGAGGAGGAGGAGGAGGAGGAGGAGGAGGAGGAGGAGGAGGAGGAGGGAACAGGUUUUUGCAGACGCUCGGUAAGUCGUAAAGCGGCGCCUGCUGAAGAGACAGUGCUUGUUCCCAUGGCCCGCGAGGGGGGAAGAGUGGUGAGAAGCAAGAGUGUGGGCCAGAAGGGAGUGAUUGAGGUUGGUUUGACUCCAGACGUGGGAGCAAGGGAGGUUGGAAGUUCACGCUCUCGGGACCUGGAGAGUGCUUCAGAGUCGCUUUUGCAGCCACAAAGCCUGAGAAGGUCCUAUUCAACGGAGGUGAAACCUGGUUCUCCGCCGCCUCAAAGCCUGAGAAGGUCCUAUUCAGGGGAGGUGGAACCUGGUUCUCAGCCGCUUCAAAGCCUGAGAAGGUCCUAUUCAGGGGAGGUGGGACCUGUUUCUCAGCUGCUUCAAAACCUGGGAAGGUCUUCUUCAGGGGAGGUGGGAUCUGGAUUUGGGGUGCUUCCGAGCCUGGGGAGGUCUUAUCUGGGAGAGGUGGAGAUUGGUGCUGUUGGGUUUGCAAAGCUUGUACGGAGAUAUGAUGAGGAGGAGGAGGAGGAGGAGGAGGAGGAGGAGGAGGAGGAGGAGGAGGAGGAGGAGGAGGAGGAGGAGGAGGAGGAGGGGGGGGAGGAGGAGGAGGAGGAGGAGGAGGAGGAGGAGGAGGAGGAGGAGGAGGAGGAGGAGGAGGAGGAGGAGGAGGAGGAAGAGGAAGAGGAAGAGGAGGAGGAGGAGGAGGAGGAGGAGGAGGAGGAGGAGGAGGAGGAGGAGGAGGAGGAGGAGGAGGAGGAGGAGGAGGAGGAGGAGGAGGAGGAGGAUGCGGAUGAGACCGAGAGUAACAAUAAGGCUGGCAUUGAAGAGGAUGAUGAGAGUGACAAUAACAAGUGUGGUAGCAGCAACACGGCCAUCUGGUGGGGCGGUAAUGAGGGAGAGGAGAAGCUGAGGACUGAUGAUUCAGGAGAAGAUUCAGGUAAAACUUCAUUUGAAUGUUCACAGAACCUAGCUGUGCUUAGUGGUUUGGAGGAAGGAGAGACUUCAAGUGGGCGAGCGGUAGAGAGAAGGGCAUUGGAAGAGGGGAGCGCAUUGAAUGCAGGAGGAGGAUCGGAAGUGGAAGGAGGAUUAGGAAGGGGUUUGCAAGGGGGAGGAGGAUGGCAAAGAGCAGUCGCAGGAUGGGGUGCUUUGAGGAAGCUUGACAGUAGGCGGCGAGAUCGACAGUCUAGGUCAUCAUUUGAUUCUGAUCUACCUUCUGUGGAGGAAGAGGAGGUGAAACAGUAUUUGAGUGAGGAGGGGAGAGAGGGGGGGAAGGGAGAGGAUGGGCCGAAAGGGAGAGUGGUGGAUAGUGGGAGAGUGGAGGAGGAUGGCAGAGAGGUGGAGGGUGAAAGAGAGGAGGAGGAUGAAAGAGAGGAGGAUAUAAGAGAGGAGGAGGAUGCAGGAGAGGAGGAGGAUGAAAGAAAGGAGGAUGAAACAGAGGGGGAGGAUGAAAUAGAGGAGGAUGGGAGAGAGGAGGAGGAUGGGAGAGAGGAGGAGGACAAAAGACAGGGAGAGAAGGGGAGAGAUAUAGGGGAAGGAGGAGAUGCAACGCGGAGAAUAGGGAUGAAGGAAGGAGAGUUGGAGGGGGGGAAUAGGAGUGAAGGGGAGGAGCAACAGAGAGAGCCAGAGGAGGGAAGGUGCAUCGGGGAUGUGGGAGUUAGGCAGCAACCAAGACAGGCAGAGGAGGGUGGAAAGGUGCAAGGGGGGGAUGAGGUGGAGGGGGAGGGCGAGGUGGAGGGGGAGGGCGAGGUGGAGGGGGAACGAGGGGUCGAGGUACAAGGAGGGGCGAAGGAGAGUGCAGGGGUGAAGGGAGGAAAUACUUAA